AUGGAGGGCCUUUUCUUCAACGUAGAGAACGGCUUCAUCGAAGGCAUCGUUCGCGGCUAUCGCAACGGCCUUCUGACGAGCUCCAACUACUCCAACUUGACGCAAUGCGAGACGAUUGAUGAUCUCAAGCUCCAGCUCGGCCCUGCAUACGGUGACUUCCUCGGCUCGCUGCCGCCGAACCCCUCAACGUCUGCCCUGGCUUCGAAGACGACAGAUAAGCUCGUGUCCGAAUUCCGUUAUGUACGAGCAAACGCCACCGGAACCCUGGCGCAGUUCAUGGACUACCUGACUUACGGCUACAUGAUCGACAACGUUGCUCUACUCAUCACUGGCACUCUUCAUGAGCGCGACACACGCGAGCUGCUCGAGCGCUGUCACCCUCUGGGCUGGUUUGAGACGAUGCCCGUUUUAUGCGUGGCGACAAACAUCGAAGAGCUCUACAACAGCGUCCUUAUCGAGACACCACUUGCGCCGUACUUCAAAGGGAGCCUGACGCAUCAAGACCUCGACGAGCUCAACAUUGAGAUUGUUCGCAACACCCUCUACAAGAACUACCUGGAAGACUUCUACAAGUUUGUCAAUACUCAUCCCGAUAUGGCUGGCACACCGACCGCGGAGGUCAUGAGUGAGCUGCUUGAAUUCGAGGCCGACCGCCGCGCCAUCAAUAUCACACUCAACAGCUUCGGGACAGAGCUGAGCAAGGCCGAUCGCAAGAAGCUCUACCCCGAGUUCGGCAAGCUUUGGCCCGAGGGAACCUUCAUGUUGUCAAAAGCAGACGACUUUGAGGGUGUCCGCGUGGCCGUGGACGGCGUGGCUGACUACAAAGCCUUCUUUGAUGCUGCCGGCCUUGGCGGUGGUCUCUCUGGACCUGGCAACCAGGGCGGCGGUGCCGGUAGCAACGAGCGGAGCCUGGAAGACAUGUUCUACCAGAAGGAGAUGGAGAUCUCCAAGUUAGCCUUCACUCGGCAAUUCAGUCUCGCGAUUGUAUACGCUUGGGUCAGACUCAGAGAGCAGGAAAUCCGGAAUAUCACAUGGAUCGCAGAGUGCAUUGCGCAGAACCAGAAAGAGCGCAUCGGCAACUACAUCAGUGUGCUUUGA